AUGUUUGAAAGUGAUCCGUUCUAUCCAGCUCCCUGUGAAGAAGAGGGAUCAGUCUCCAUCCGCCCGCCCUGUGAAGUGAUAAGCAGUUUGAUCCGUCGCUAUCCAGCUCCUGUGCAGAGGCUGAAAGAGUUUGCAUUCCGUCUCUAUCAGAUCCAUGUGAAGUGAUAAGAGUUGUGAAUCAGCUCUAUGCCAGCUCAAUGUGAAGGGAGAAGAGUUUGUGAAUCCGGUCUCUAUCAAGCUUCCCUGUGGAGUGUGAAAAACAAAAACUAGAAAACAAGAAAAACAACAUAACCUGCUUCCAACAAAAACAACAAAACCAACACAAAAAAAAAGUCACUAGUGAAGUGAUCAGUCCUCUAUUCAGUCCCUGGGGAAGUGAUAUAAGGGUUGUAUCAGUUGCUCAUCCAAGCUCCCUGUGAAGUGAUCCGUCUAUAUCCAGCUCCCUGUGAAGUGAUCCGUCUCUAUCCAGCUCCCUGUGAAGUGAUCCGUCUAUAUCCAGCUCCCUGUGAAGUGAUCCGUCUCAACACUGACCAAGCAACCCUGUUGAAGUGAUAAGAGUUGUGAUCGUCAAUCCAGCUCCCUGUUGAAGUGAUAAUGUGGUGAUCGUCUCUAUCCAGGCUCCAGUGAAGUGCAAUAAGAGGUGUGAUCAGUUCGCUAUCACAGCUCCCUGUGAGUGAUAAGAGGUGUGAUCAGGUCUCUAUCCAGCUCCCUGUGAAGUGAUAAGAGUUGUGAUCAGUCUCUAUCCAGCUCCCUGUGAAGUGAUCAGUCUCUAUCCAGCUCCCUGUGAAGUGAUCCGUCUCUAUCCAGCUCCCUGUGAAGUGAUCCGUCUCUAUCCAGCUCCCUGUGAAGUGAUCCGUCUCUAUCCAGCUCCCUGUGAAGUGAUAAGAGUUGUGAUCCGUCUCUAUCCAGCUCCCUGUGAAGUGAUCAGUCUCUUCCAGCUCCAUGUGACCAAAUAAGAAGUACACAGCCAAAUAAGAGUUGUGAUCCGUCUCUAUCCAGCUCCCUGUGAAGUGAUCAGUCUCUAUCCAGCUCCCUGUGCAGUGAUAAGAGUUGUGAUCCGUCUCUAUCCAGCUCCCUGUGAAGUGAUAAGAGUUGUGAUCCGUCUCUAUCCAGUCCCUUGUGAAGGAUAAUGUCUCUAUUCCAGAUACCUGUGAAGUGAGUGAUCAGUCUCUAUCCAGCUCCCUGUGAAGUGAUCCGUCUCUGAUUCCAGCUCCCUGGAGUGAUCCGUCUAUACCAGGCUCCUGUGAAGUGAUAAGUUGUGGUGAUCAGUCUUCUAUCCGCUCCCUGUGAAGAUGAACAAACAAAAAAUUGCUCGUCUCUAUCCAGCUCCUGUGAAAGGUGAUCCGUCCUCGAUCCAGCCUCCCUGUGAAGUGAUCCGUCUCUAUCCAGCUCCCUGUGAAGUGAUAAUAGUUGUGAUCAGUCUCUAUCCAGCUCCCUGUGAAGUGAUAAUAGUUGUGAUCAGUCUCUAUCCAGCUCCCUGUGAAGAGUGAUAAUAAGUGAAAUAGUUGUGUCAAAAUCAGAAGAGACACACCCGUUAUCUAUCCAGCUCCCUGUGAGAGUUGUAAGCGUUUGAAUCCAGUCUCUAUCCAGCUCCCUGUGAAGUGAUAAUAGUUGUUGAUCAGGUCUCUAGCCAGCACAACACCACCCACAACCCACUCAGUUGAAGUGAUAACCGAGUUGUCCAGCCAACACUCAAAAACUCUAUAUCCAGCUCCUUGAUCGAUGAUGAAGUGAUAAGAGUUGUGCUCCACACCCACAACAAAAGUCUCUAUCAAGACUACCUGUGAAAGUGAUAAAUUAUAGUGUGAUCCGUCUCUAUCCAGCUCCCUGUGAAGUGAUAAGAGUUGUGAUCCGUCUCUAUCCAGCUCCCUGUGAAGUGAUACGAGUUGUGAUCAGUCUCUAUCCAGCUCCCUGUGAAGUGAUAAUAGUUGUGAUCCGUCUCUAUCCAGCUCCCUGUGGAAGUGAUGAAGCGGUGUGAGCAGUCUUAUCCAGCCCCUGUGGAUGAAGUCGAUUAAUAGGUUGUGCUGAACGCCAUUUCUUGCCCGCUUCACUCGUAUCUAUCAGCUCCCUGUGAAGUGAUAAGAGUUGUGAUCAGUCUCUAUCCAGCUCCCGUGCAGUGUAAAUUAAGAGUUGGAUCAGUCUCUAUCAGCUCACCUGUGAAAGUGGUCAGAGUUUUUGUGUAUACGUCUCUAUCCCGACUUCCGUGAGUGAUUAACAGUUGUGAUCCGCUUCUAUAUUCCAAGCAUCUCCUGUGAUGUGAUCCUAUAUGGUAGUAACUAUGAGAAGACAGAAGGAGCUAUCUGCUGUAUCUCUCCAGUCCCUGUGAUGUGAUCCUAUAUGGUAUUAACUAUGAGAAGACAGAAGGAGCUAUCUGCUGGAUCUCUCCAGUCCCAGUGGUAAUAGUGUUGGAUCCUCUCAUCUCUUUGCUAAUUGAGUCAGUUUGUAUUAAAACUUCCAACAAAGAGACCAAACACACAAGUUAUAUCCCAGUGUGAAUACUGACAUCACAAUCAUUAGUCUCACUGUUGUUAUUGGCACGGGGAGAGAUGGAGGGAGGGAGAGAAAGGUAGGAGCCGGCGCUCCGCGUAUGAUCGCCGCCGCGGGAGGGACCUGCUAGAGAGUAGCGGAGGAAAAAGUGAUGAGAAGGGGCCGGUAGAGGAAGAACUAGACAGAGCGAAGGACGAGCAGAAGAGAAGAAAAGACGAGAAAUCGAAGAAAAAACGACUGAAAAAAGAGAUAAAGAGUAGAAAGGCAGAAAAAGACGAGGAAGAACAUCGAUGCAUGCAGAGACGACGAUUACUCCUACCUUCGAAGCGCAUCGUGAUCUAAGCCUCUCAUCUCAUCUGCGCGCCUAGCAUAGAUCCUCUACGCAUCCUAGAAUCCUACUCUUCACUCUCCUACUCUCUCUCUCUCCUAUACUAUCCUCCUCUACCCCCCUUCUCUCCCAUCCUCUCUCCUCUCCUCCCUUCCUCUCCCCUGCUCUCCUCUCUUCUCCGUCUCCAGCUCCAGAAGACUCUGUCAGAGUUGGAUGAAGAUGAUCCGUGUUAUGAGUUCCGUCGGGAGCGUUUCACGGUUCACAGGACUCACCUCUAUUUCCUUCACUACGAGUAUGAACCCAGCCCUGACCACACAGACGUUACACUGGUGGCUCAGCUCUCCAUGGACAGGUAGGAAGACAGACCUAACACAGCUCUCCAUGGACAGUUAGGAAGACAGACCUCACACAGCUCUCCAUGGACAGGUAUGAAGACAGACCUCACACAGCUCUCCAUGGACAGGUAGGAAGACAGACCUCACACAGCUCUCCAUGGACAGGUAGGAAGACAGACCUUCACACAAGCUCUCCAUGGACAGGUAGGAAGACAGACCUUAAACCCGACUUCCAGGACAGGUAGGAAGACGACCUCACACAGCUCUCCAUGGACAGGUAGGAAGACAGACCUCACACAGCUCUCCAUGGACAGGUAGGAAGACAGACCUUCACACAGCUCUCCAUGGACAGGUAGGAAGACAGACCUUACACAGCUCUCCAUGGACAGGUAGGAAGACAGACCUCACACAGCUCUCCAUGGACAGGUAGGAAGACAGACCUCACACAGCUCUCCAUGGACAGGUAGGAAGACAGACCUUACACAGCUCUCCAUGGACAGGUAGGAAGACAGACCUUACACAGCUCUCCAUGGACAGGUAGGAAGACAGACCUCACACAGCUCUCCAUGGACAGGUAGGAAGACAGACCUCACACAGCUCUCCAUGGACAGGUAGGAAGACAGACCUCACACAGCUCUCCAUGGACAGGUAGGAAGACAGACCUCACACAGCUCUCCAUGGACAGGUAGGAAGACAGACCUCACACAGCUCUCCAUGGACAGGUCCAGUCAGUCAUAUGUCUAUAGCUCUGGGUACAGUAGGGGACAGAAGACAAGAGUAGGACAAGACUACUAUGUGUUGUUUUUGAUAAAACAUGACUCCGGACCCUCAGGACAAGGGACAGUCCACAGCUAGUUUUAAGAGAGAGAGACAUGUUUGUUCAGGCAGUAUUGCUGUAAACAAACAUAGUUAUUCCUGAGUGAUCUUCUAAAACAUAAUGAAAUACUAGGCUACUGCUGUAACCUCUGACCCUCAGGGAAGGACGAGACCACAGGAAACAAACUAAUCUGACUAAUCAGGCCAGAGAGGGUCUGUAGCAGCUGCAUCCAAGCAUCUCAUAUGUAGCUGAGUGUGGGUUGUUGUCUGGGUGUCUGUGUGUCUGUUGUGUGUGCUCUUGUGUGUGCUGUCUGUGUGUGUCUGGUGUGUGUGUCUGGUGUGUGUCUUGUGUGUGUGUUUGUGUGUGUGUUGUGUGUGUGUUGUGUGUCUGUGUGGUGUUGGUGUGUGUCUGUUCUGUGUGUGUCUGUGUGUGUGUGUGGUGUCUUGUGUGUGUGUGUCUUGUGUGUGUCUGUUGUGUGUGUUGUUCUGUGUGUUGUGUCUCUGUGUUGUGUGGGUCUCGUGUGUCUUGUGUGUGUCUGCUGUGUUGUGUUGUGUGUGUGUCUCUGGUGUUCUCUGUGUGUGUUGUGUGUGUGUUUGUGCUGUGUGGUGUCGUUUCUCUGUGUGUGUGUGUCUCUGUGGUCUGUGUGUGUGUCGUGUCUUGUGUGUGUCUGUGUCUGUGUGUGUGUGUCUCUGUGUGUGUGUGUGUGGUCUCUGUGUGUCUCUGUGUGUGUGUUGUGUGUGUGUGUCUCUGUGUGUCUCUGUGUGUGUCUCUGUCUCUCUGUGUGUGUCUGUGUGUGUGUGUGUGUGUGUGUCUCUGUCUCUCUGUGUGUGUCUGUGUGUGUCUCUGUCUCUCUGUGUGUGUCUGUGUGUGUGCGUGAGUGUGACCCAGUUGUGAGAGGAGCUGGACGUCCCAGUUGUCUGGAGAAGUUAUGAACGUCGUUAUGAGGAUACUUCAUUACUGAUGUUUACAACAACAACAACAGCAGCAGUAAUAUCAUACUCUGAUAGUGACUGAUUUAUUUUACUGAACCAUGUGAAAUCACUUGCAUUGUGUCAGUUAAUUAGCCUGGUAAGCAGUAAGGGUGUAUCCCGAAUGGCACCCUAUUCGCAACAUGGUGCACUACUUAUGACCAGAGCUCUAUGGCGCCUUGUCGAAAGUAGUGCACUAUGUAGGGAAUAGGGUACCAUUAGGGACCAGUGAUGUACUACAGUGCAUUCGGAACGUAUUCAGAGCCCUUGACUUUUUCCACAUUUUGUUAGGUUACAGCCUUAUUCUAAAAUUAAUUAAAUUGUUUUUUUCCCUCAUCAAUCUACACACAAUACCCCAUAAUGACAAAGCAAAAACUGUUUUUUUUAAAUAUGUUUUUGCUAAUUUAUAAAAAUAAAGACCCUUUACUCAGUACUUUGUUGAAGCACCUUUGGCAGCGAUUACAGCCUCGAGUCUUCUUGGGUAUGACGCUACAAGCUUGGCACACCUGUAUUUGGGGAGUUUCUCCCAUUCUUCUCUGCAGAUCCUCUCAAGCUCUGUCAGGUUGGAUGGGGAGCGUUGCUGCACAGCUAUUUUCAGGUCUCUCCAGAGAUGUUCAAUCGGGUUCAAGUCCGGGCUCUGGCUGGGCCACUCAAGGACAUUCAGAGACUUGUCCCGAAGCCACUCCUGCAUUGUCUUGGGUGUGUGCUUAGGGUCGUUGUCCUGUUGGAAGGUGAAACUUCGCCCCAGUCUGAGGUCCUGAGCGCUCUGGAGCAGGUUUUCAUCAAGGAUCUCUCUGUACUUUGCUCCGUUCCUCUUUGCCUCGAUCCUGACUAGUUUCCUAGUCCCUGCCGCUGUUAAACCUCCCCACAGCAUGAUGCUGCCACCACCAUGCUUCACCGUAGGGAUGGUGCCAGGUUUCCUCCAGACGUGACGGUUGGCAUUCAGGCCAAAUAGUUCAAUCCUGGUUUCAUCAGACCAGAGAAUCUUGUUUCUCUUGGUCUGAGAGUCCUUUAGGUGCCAUUUGGCAAACUCCAAGCGGGCUGUCACGUGCCUUUUACUGAGGAGUGGCUUCUGUCUGGCCACUCUACCAUAAAGGCCUGAUUGGUGGAGUGCUGCAGAGAUGGUUGUCCUUCUGAAAGGUUCUCCCAUCUCCAAAGAGGAACUCUGGAGCUCUGUCCGAGUGGCCAUUGGGUUCUUGGUCACCUCCCUGACCAAGGCUCUUCUCCCCCGAUUGCUCAGUUUGGCCGGGCGGCCAGCUCUAGGAAGAGUCUUGGUGGUUCCAAACUUCUCCCAUUCAAGAAUGAUGGAGGCCACUGUGUUCUUGGGGACCUUCAGUGCUGCAGAAAUGUUUUGGUACCCUUCCCCAUAUCUGUGCCUCGACACAAUCCUGUCUCUGAGCUCUACGGACAAUUCGUUUGACCUCAUGGCUUGGUUUUUGCUCUGACAUGCACUAUCUACUGUGGGACCUUAUAUAGACAGGUGGGUGCCUUUCCAAAUCAUGUCCAAUUAAUUUAAUUUACCACAGGUGGACUCAAGGAAUCAAGUUGUAGAAACAUCUCAAGGAUGAUCAAUGGAAACAGGAUACACCUGAGCUCAAUUUUGUGUCUCAUAGCAAAGGGUCUGAAAACUUAUGUAAAUAAGGUAUUUCUGGUUUAAAAUUUGUAAUAUAUUUGCAAAACAUUUCUAAAAACCUGUUUUCGCGUUCUCAUAAUGGGGUAUUGUGUGCAGAUUGCUGAGGAUUAUAAAAAUAUUUAAAUCCAUUUUAGAAUAAGGGUGUAACGUAACAAAAUGUGGAAGAAGUCAAGGGGUCUGAAUACUUUCCGAAGGCACUGUAUAUAAACCCUGGAUUGCUGAUGCUAUAUAUUGGCCAAUCAGAGGCUUUGAAGCCACCGGUCGGCCAUAUUGGCACCCCUCAGAAGGAAUGAAUGGAAUUCUACAGUAUUUAAAGUAAAUGUUCCAAGGAAAUGACAUGUGUUUUAAGUAUUUUUGUUGUUGUAGUUUGGGGACAGUAACAUUAGUAUUUUCAAAAAAAAGUAUACUUUUAAGGAAAAUGUUUUUACACAUUUUUAGGUUCACAUAAUAUAAUUUAAAAGUGUGCAUUAAGAUGUCAGUAAUAGAGUAAACGUUGCAAAAACAAAUGUAGACAUUACAAUGGUGGGGGAGAGCCAAGAUGGAGGCACAAUGGUGGGGGAGAGCCAAGAUGGAGGCACAAUGGUGGGGGAGAGCCAAGAUGGAGGCACAAUGGUGGGGGAGAGCCAAGAUGGAGGCACAAUGGUGGGGGGAGAGCCAAGAUGGAGGCACAAUGGUGGGGGAGAGCCAAGAUGGAGGCACGGCUUCAACCCAGCACCCCCUACCAGUCAUCUAGUGUGUGUAUAUAUCUAGUUGUUCUCCCCACUGUAUAUAUAGAUAUAUAUCUACAUAUAAGUCAUUGUUUGGGACACAGAGUAAAUGUUCCAUUGAAUCAGCCAGACAGACUCUCUCAGUUUGAAGGAGUUUCUGCUCUUUAAUCAGAUGCAAUGAUAUUCAAGCUCUGGGGUGAAAACUCAUUUAAAAACGGAGCCAACCUACUCAUCACCAAUUACAAACAUUAUAUAUUGCUGCCUGCUGAUGUCGGAGUAGUGUACUUCUGCGGCUCGCUACAGGCGACACAUAGUCUGCGUCCCAAAAUGGCACCCUAUUCUCUAUAUAGUGCACUACCUUUGACCAGAGAAUGGCACCCUAUUCUCUAUAUAGUGCACUACCUUUGACCAGGGCGCCCAUAGGGAAUAGGGUGCAAUUUGGGACGCACCCAUAACGUGUAGCUCAAACUCGCUCUCCAAAAUCACAUUAGUUUCCAUUUUAUAAUUUGGUCUAAUUGUAUUUCACGUUGCUAAACAUACUAGUGGAUUAUGGUCCUAUUAAGACCAGAUACCUGAGCUCCCGCAGUAAAACGUAAUGUUAUUAUGUGCACCAGCACAAAUCACCACAUCCAAAAUGUUUGUCCCGUCCGAAAUCUGCCCGUCAGUUAUUUUAUACUUGGCAGGAAGGUUAUUAUCCCAGCCCCAAAAACCUAGUGUUUUUCAGCAAACUCCAAGGUCCUCUGAUAAUAUUUAUCCCGUUGCGAAUCGUUGUCCCUGUGUUUUGAAGGAUAUUACAGAGUUUAACAGGUGCUGCACCCUGUUUGGGUAAGAACGUGAACAAAUUGAUGCUUAAAACAAAGUGCUAUGCACGUAGCCUACAGAUGAAUGAACUGUUUUGUCACAUAUCUUUCCAAGAGUCGUACUUCUCUUUUAAAAGAUGAAGUGGACGAUAUUGUGCCCAAUGAAUUGAUAACUUGCCAAAUCCGUCAGGUAUUUAAAUGUCUGCAGGUUCCAGUUCAUGGUUCUUAUUGACAUGCAUCAUUAUUUUGACUUCCUCAGAACUGGAAACCGUUAGACCAAUAUUCAUCUAUCCCUAGACAUUUGAAAUAUCUUCACAUCUAGAAGAGACUCCGGGCUUCCGUCAUAACGGUCCAUGUUGAAUGAGGGAGAAAAAUAAAAUAUUACAGGGGCAAUUUGGUAAAACUAAUACCGUCCAAAUCGUCCACUGGAAUAACGGACAUUCUGGGGUAAUAAUUACAUAACCAACGUUCUCUAGUAAUACUAGUCCCCGUGUGAAUAGGGUUUAUCACUGCAUUAUAAACUCCAUGGGUUGUUGAAUGAACUAUGAAACAGCAUGUGCUAAAGUGGUUUGCUAUGAAUUUUGGGGAUUUUAUUAGGAAAGAUGAUCGUAUACUUCAGGCUCCUUUAAAAACACAGCUAGUGUCAAAAAAAAGUCAGCUGUAUAAUCUUCUGGGUUUUAUAGGAAAUAUGAUGGUACAUUUCAGGUAGAUUAGUUUCCUUUCCAAACGAAUCUCAAAAUCACACCCUAAUCUCUAAACAGCCAUAGGGUCCCUGGUCUAAAGUAGUGCACUAUAUAGGGAAUAGGGUGCCAUUCUCUGGUCUAAAGUAGUGCACUAUAUAGGGAAUAGGGUGCCAUUCUCUGGUCUAAAGUAGUGCACUAUAUAGGGAAUAGGGUGCCAUUCUCUGGUCUAAAGUUGUGCACUAUAUAGGGAAUAGGGUGCCAUUCUCUGGUCUAAAGUAGUGCACUAUAUAGGGAAUAGGGUGCCAUUCCCUGGUCUAAAGUAGUGCACUAUAUAGGGAAUAGGGUACCAUUUGGGACACGCCCUGUGAGACAUUGGAUCCUGCAGAGAAACAUGCAGAGAUACCUAUCAGAAUAUCCAGAUGAAACCAAGCUUCUUCGGGGAAUUUAACCCCCAACUGGUGCGGGGCAGAUUUAGUUAGAUCUAAUAAAGAUAAUUAGAUAAUAGAGGAUGUUACCCCCCCCCCCUACUGUUGUCAGGCAGAUUUAGUUAAUAAUAAUAAUAUGCCAUUUAGCAGACGCUUUUAUCCAAAGCGACUUACAGUCAUGCGUGCAUAAAUUUGUUGAGUAUGGGUGGUCCCGGGGAUCGAACCCACUACCUUGGCGUUACAAGCGCCGUGCUCUACCAGCUGAGCAACAUAGUUAGAUAUAAUAAUGAUCAUUACAGUUCUCUCAGCCAGCAACAGAAGCAGAAACCCAGAGUUUACCACAGAACCCUUCACGAGCCCAUUUCUCUGUUUGGUUUUCCUCUGCAGCCCUCUCAGCACUGAGUGCAGUAAUUGUAAACAGAUUUGUAAAAUGCGUGCCAAAUGGCAAUCUAUUCCUCUGGGCCCUGGUCAAAAGUAGUGCACUACAGUAUAUAGGGAAUAUAGUGCCGUUUGGGACACAUCCUGAGUUUACAAUGAAAUGAGGACAGAGUGUGUGAAUGUCCAAUUUGGGGAGAAUUGAAGGAACCGACGGCACCAAGGUUAUUUGGUUUAGUGUUGUCAGCUGUUCUAAGCAGGCCUGGUCUCUCUCUCUCUCAAGACAAAAUGAACAGUAAACAUUCCACUCAGAAAAUAAUAAAGACAUGUCAGAUGUCAUUAUGUCAGAUGUCAUUAUGUCAGAUGUCAUUAUGUCAGAUGUCAUUAUGUCAGGUGUCAUUAUGUCAGGUGUCAUUAUGUCAGGUGUCAUUAUGUCAGAUGU